ACUUUAAGUAUCCUUUCACCUCUUUUUCUCUUUCUCAUCUCAUAUUCCCUAUAUCCCACUUGCUUUUUUAAUACCACCCUUUAUCUUCAUCAUGAUUGUUCCAAAGAGGUCUCAGCACUCGCCACCCCCUUCGUCGUUCCCAAUGUCUUCAGAGCUGGCUCUCUCUUCUUCACCAAAAACACCACUUGCUUCUCCACCACGUACCCCACCUCGCGGUCAUCGUCCAUCCAUGACCAAGCCAAAGCUAUGGCUGAGCCGUAGCUCAACCUCUGGUUCUUCUCGAUCCAUUUCAAUCACACCUCAGGCUGCGCCAGUGAAAGCACCGAAACCAAUUCGUAUUUCAGAGCCUCAGUUUAACAACUCGCUAGGAAUUUUCAAUGUUCCACGAAAUGGCGCUCUUGGGAGCGGUGCCACGGUCGUCAGAACGCCCCAGGAAGCACUAUCUGUAUCGACUAGUCAAUUAUAUGAUUUGCUGGACGAGGAGGAGGAGGAGGUUUCAAAGGAGCUUGAGAAAAGGGACUUGGGACGCAAUGGUAGCAUCACUGGUAAAGAAUACAGGGACCUUCCAUCGCCCCCAUCCAGUCCUCCUUUGCCUGCAGUUCCUACAUCCAAGAGUUCUCCGAAUCUCCCAUUAAGAGAAACAUUGACACCGCCGCGACCCAUGCGACCUGCACCCCCAGUACCUGCUGCGUCCGCGUCCACUACCCUUCGCCCUUCUUUGAAACCGAGAACGCCUCCAUCUUCCGAGUAUUCCCCUCCUGUGCCCGCUCUGCCUUCGAACAUCCCUACUUCGCCUCUUCAGCCGCCGUUUCAGGCUAUCCUUCUUUCUUCAGUCCCGGCAAGCGCCAUUGACCCUUCUAAAAUCAUAGUUACGUUGGAAACGAGCACGACAUCCCACCGCACUACCCUGAAUACCCUCACUUCACGACCAUCAUAUCUUUCCAGCUACAUCGCCUCUCUUUUCCCAAGUCCCAAUUCACCGGACACGGCAUCUUUGUACUCCAACACGAGUAACGUCUCAAACGAUCAAGACAGCUCUUUCAAUUCGAUCUUCCACAACCACUUAACCUCAUCCGGUGUUCUUCCCAACUGCUCAUCAAACCUCCAUAUUUUCCUUGAUAGGCCCAGUGCUCCAUAUGCUCACAUUUUGACUUACCUUCGCUCACCGCCCUCAACUCCCGAGAACCCUGCUACCCUUCCUCGUGCCGCACAGCUAUCAUCGUGUUCAUCGUCUCGCCUUGAAGCUCUUCUGGAGCUGCGCGACGAAGCAUGCUAUCUCGACCUCGAUGAACUAUACAGACUUUGCACAGAAGAAAUUCGUCAACGCCAAAGCCUCGUCCUUCAUGCCAGAGGAGGAAGCAAUAGCAGCCAUAAUGGCUCUAUGCGCUCUAUUCGCACAUUCCGUGAAUGCAUGGAUCCUUCUGAGCAAAAGGCUUCGUAUCGGGAUUCGAGUGAUACAAUGCGAAGUGGGAGUACCAGCGUCACCGAGUUGGGUUUCAACUCCAAUUCCCCACAUGUCCCUCGGCAGCAGUCCACCGCCCGUGGUCGAAGCCACUCCCGCAAGGGAUCACCGAUUCCUGCUUCUAUGAGGAGUCGUCCGCCAGUGGGCUGGAUAUGAUAUUGAGCUUUCUUUUCCUUUCAGCAUGUUUUUGUGAUAUCCCACAUAUGUACCGAUUAACGACUGUAUUCUUGGUUGUCAGUGUAUCUAUAGUCUAGUAUUGUGUUGUUACUGUGUCUUAUGUUUAUUGUGCCCCAUAUGAAGGUCAAUUGACGCCUUGAACUUGA